CGCCUUCGCUCCGGAUUCGUUGCAGACAAAACGGAGUGAUGCGUGGUUAUACCCUGAACGCAAAUUCUCAAUUAUAUAUGAUCUAUGUUUAUGUAAUUGGUGUUGAACGCGUAAAUAUUGCCGAAUAAAUGCAUUUAGCAAUUAUAUUAGUUGUACCUACGCGUUCUUAAAGCUUAGUUUAGAGUAAAGCAACCUGGUCAGUGGUCACACCGUCACAAUAACCAAUAACUGAAAUAAGCUUUAAAAUUUCAUGACUUAUAAGUUAUAGUCUCUGAUCUCUGUCAUUUAGUGUCAUAGUCAUAACUCAUAAUCCGUGCCAUGCAGCUUGACGCUUGCUACCGUAGUUGCUACGAUCACAAAUUGUGACCAUAAUUCUAGAUUUUCAGACCCAGGCUUAGUCCAGAAAAAAGUGUGAUGGCAUCUGCAAAUGUUAAGUUGAUGUGGCAUGAGGCCCGAUCACAGGAGAAGAAUGUCCAGAAGAUGUUGGUCGACUAUCGCAAAAGAGCUGAACGCAGAAAGGAGUACUAUGACAAAAUUAAGUUGGAGCCAAUGCAGUUCCUGCAAGUUCAUGGACGUCACAUCAAAAUUCACAUGGACCCAGCUGUGUACAUGGCAGCCGAGGCUCGUGGCACUAUGUUACCAUGGCGAGGCGACAUGUCUUGCAUGAUUGACAGAUUUGAUGUGCGUGCUCAUUUGGACGAAAUUCCUGCUAACCCAGGCUCGGAUGAAAAUGGUGAUGAGAGCCAUGAUGGCCAAGAUGAAGACGAGACUCCACUUGACUGGGAGGAACGACAAGCUAAUUAUGAACGUUACAGAACACUUGUUCAGAAUGAUUUUAUGGGCAUUGGUGAGGAACGUUUCCUGCAACAAAUACGCUAUGAGGAGCUGUAUGGUCCAAUGGGAAAUAAGCCUGUUGAAGAGGAGAAGAAAGCUGCUGCAUCUAAAAAAGCUGCCAUUGGCUUCUCUUAUGACGACGACAACAACAGCCCCUUGCCUAUGCUGCUCCCGGCUAACAUUCCUUUGCCUGCAUCCAAGCCAGCUCCUGCCGUGCCUAAAGCAGCUGCGGAUGACGAGAAAAACGCCAGUGAUGAGGAAUCUGAUAGUGACAUCGAUCUUGACAUGACGGUGGAUGUACUGCAGCUGGACAAUUCACAGCAGCAACAACUGAACACAUCAGGCAAAAGUUAUGGGCUAUGCAAGAGUGACUUCAUGGACUUGAUCAGCAGAGACUUGCAAGAAGCUGAGGAACUUAGACAAGUCAAACAACACCUCGACGAAAAAGCCAUGCUUUCGGGUCGCAAAUCACGAAAAGAGAGACGAGCUCUAAAAAAGAAGCCUACUGACAAAAAGUGCAGUCCUCCAAGUUACGCUGCACGAAGCAGCCCUACGUACCAGCCCUACAGGAAGAACUCUUCAUCUCGAUCCCCGUCUGCAUCGCCGCCUCCGCCCGCUGCUGCUGGUAAAAUUAAAUUCAUCACAAGCUUUGGUGGUGAAGACAGCGAUGCCCAAGAUUCAGAGAAGGACGAAAGCGUCACUGGCAUGAUUAUAUUGCCUAAGAAUCCAUCGGCAUCUCGUGACAGGAAGCGUGACAAAGACAGGAAGAGCAAUCGUUGGGAUCAAACAAACAAGGAUCACCGAGAUGACGGCAAAGGACGCGACAAAGGGAAAGACUCACGGGACCGGGACUCGAGAAGAGGAAGGGAGCGUUCUCGAGACCGAGACAACAGAGCGUACGGCCGAGACCGGCCCAGUGAGCGAGACAGCCGAGGCCGCAAGGACCGCGACGGCAGAGAGCGUGGACGCAGAGACUCCGGAGACUGGCAGCAGCGACCUCCUUCUGGUGACAGCAGACGCUACUAUCACACCCGGUCGCCAUCUGACAGCCGUGCCACCAGGAGUCCCGACUACCGCAGACGCUCUGGAAGCCGCUACACCCGUUCCCGGUCGCGCUCCCGUGACAGCAGGCGUCGGCGCUCUCCGACACCCCCUUCCCAUCAGCCAACUAAUUCGAGUACUCAUGAGGAUGGUCGACCGAGCACGAUCGCCCAAGAAAUGGAUAAAUCUAGCUCAGCGACUCCUGCGCAGCCGCCCGCUCGCCGCUACUACGGCCGCAGGGGCGGCACCACGGACUCUGAGGACGAGGAUGACGCCAACGACGGAGCGGCAAGCAAGGCAGCUUCUGCCUCGCUCACUCAGACGCCUGGAGGAGGAAGUAUUGAGGACAUUUCGGCGACACUCAAAGGCAGCGGAACUGCGAGCAACGCUACUGUCGCCGCGGCGCGUAAAGAGAAACUCCGCAAGAAAAUGCAAGCGCUCCUCAAGAAGCAGUGCAAGGCCGACAAGCUUCAAGAGCGGGAGCGUCAGGAGAAGCAGAUGCAGGAACGCCUGGACAGGGAAGAGGAGCUCAGGGAGAUCGCCAUCAGGAUGAGAAAGCGAGAACGCGAGAAGCGCCACCGUCGUCAUGGAUCAGACUCAUCAUCAUCCCGGUCAUCGUCUCGUUCCUACUCGCCGUCAAUUCGCUCGCGUCGGUCACCUUCGUAUCCUCGACGCUCACCUUCUUAUUCUCGACGGUCCUCGUCCCCUGACGAUGUUAGGAGCAGGCCGUACAGAGGACGCGAAAACGAAGGCCGUGGCAGGAGUCGCCAUGACUCACGUUCCCCUCCUCCUCCUCCUCCUCAGAGACGGAUGCCGGUUGAGGACCGACCGCCGCCACGUGCAGGCUUACUCCCGUCGCCAACGGCACCUCCGCGCCUCAUGGACCUCGUUCCUGACGUGCGACGGCCUCCACCUUCCAGAAAAUUCUCCCCUACAUCGCCGUACCCGCCCGCACCGUCUCGUCGGACUCCUCCUCGUUUCCCACCGCCUGGUCCUUCUCUCUGCCCUACUCCUCCUGGUGUAAACUCUAGGGAUUAUCGCAGCGACCCCAACGACUUCCGUCGUGGGGAUUGCUAUGCCGGUGACAACUAUCGAGGUUUCCGCGGGGACGGCGGAAAUAACGGUACUGACGGCUACAAUAGGGAUGGUUUCUACCAGCCGCCACCACUACCACCACCUCGUGAUAACAGGAGAGGCUUCCCACACUUGGGUGGUAAUCGUCCCCCGCAGCAACCUCCAAUGCCAAUGAUGAACGAUUUCGAUAACUACGAUGACAGACGAGGCCGGGACGGUGGUGGUGGUGGAUUCAGGGAAAGAGAAGAACCAAUGAGAGGUGGUGGAUUUAGGGACAGGGAAGAGCCAAUGCGAGGCGGUGGAUUUAGGGACAGGGAAGAGCCAAUGAGAGGUGGAGGAUUCAAGGACAGAGAAGAAUUUCCCAUGAGAGAAAGUGGUGGAUUCAGAGAUAGGGACGAGCCCAUGAGGAAGGCAAAUUUCAGGGAUAGGGAAGAACCACCCAUGACUGGUUUUAGGAAUAGAGGUAAUGCGAUGCGAGGUGGCGGAGGUGGACGGAACUUCAAAGGCGACAACGGCGGCCCUCCUUACAGAGAUCCACCUCCUGCGAAUUUCGGCAGAGAUCGUCGGGAUAACCAAGACUUCAGGCCUGAAAGACGGUUCGUGGACCGGGAAAGAGACUUCAGGAACAGACGGGAUGAGGAGGACAGGCCGGAACCUUCAGGCCACGUCAAACUUGUGGACUACUGAACAACGCAGCCAUCUUUAUCCUUGGAAACGACAUUUUUGUUGAUCAUUCAUAAAAUAGAUACCCUCUAGUUUGACUAAAUUAGGUGUACAGUAAAUUUCCGAGUAUUUUUCAGUUCAUUAAAUUUCACUUCUCGAGUUCAAUCAGUCCAGAAUUCUUUUCUGAAUCUUCCCUCGGACAUACGAUGAAAGCUCUUAUUAUAUUAAAGUGGCAAUUUGUCAAUUUAAAGACUAUUUCAUUGACGGGUCUUCUGAAGCUUAUCGAUUAUUCAAUUAGGGCAGCGCAUCUUUUAUUCCGAUAUGUUUGCACUUGACACCACUUUAUGCGUCAGCUGAGUCGUGAAGAGUGCAAUAUCUAGUAGUGUAUAAAUGAGUCGCAAUUGUUUGUAUGCAUUUUAUCGGCAUUAUUUGGUAAAAUACAAAAUAAUUGAAU